GCCUAGUACCUUGUCAGUAAUUUGGUAGAAAAUGUCACUUCCUCGAUAGGCAGACAGGCUCGCAGACAGGCACUCGCUAUCGGAGCGACAGUAUUUGCUCUUGCUCGUAGUCGAAACUGAAUUGGGCAUUACUUGCGGAUAGUUCGGUUUUGUUUGAUAUUUAGAACUAAUUGAAGUGACAAGUGGUUUCAGAAGUGAAUACAAUAUUUUCAAAAAUAAGGAUAUAAGAUACAAUCUGUAAUAUAUUUGUAACUGUCUAAGCAACAUAACUUGUACCCCAAACUUUAUGACGCUUCGGGAAAUUACUGAUUAUUGAAAUGUCAUUUUAAUUUUUUUUAUUGAUAUUGCCUUUUAAUAAUAAUCUUUUUUGGAGUUAUAUUUCUCUUACUCUUUAAAAUGUGUUCACUGCGGUGGUGUGGUGUUGCCUUUGUGCUUGUUGGGAUUGUUGUCCAGGGCUCGGAAGGACAGAACUCCACCUUGAAUGACACGGAUAUUCCAAGCACCAGAAAAUUGCUGAUAGAAAACCUGUUUCUCCGCUACGAUGCCCGGAUUCCACCAACAACUAGUAAAGGUUCAACAAAUGUUACGGUCCAGCUGUUCAUCCUGAGCAUUGACUCCAUAAGUGAAACCAACAUGGACUUUUCAAUCAGUAUGUUUUUACGCCAACGCUGGUUCGACAAGCGUUUGAUGUACACACCGAGGGCAGAUAUGGUUCGACUGGAGAUGGACUCGGCGUCAAUAGCACGUGUCUGGGUGCCGGAUUUGUUCAUGCCUGCCGAGAAAAGUGCGCACGUGCAUCACGUGACCGUUCCAAACAAGCUUAUGCACAUUUACCCGGACGGCACUAUACAAUAUAGUCUCAGGAUGUCAGCAACAAUCAAAUGUAACUUUGACCUCCGCAAGUUCCCAUUGGAUAGUCAGCACUGCAUGGUGGAAAUGGAGAGCUACGGAUACACAACGGACACGAUGAGGUUUGAGUGGGCGGGACUGGAUCCCAUCAGUCACAGUCCGGGCCUUGCCAUCUCUCAGUUCACCCUCAACGAGAUAUCGACUAGCCAAUGCGACAAGCUAUACUACGGUGUCGGGUACUCCUGUGUGCGGUUUGACAUUUCAAUGGUGCGCAGCAAGGGUUACUACAUCACCCAGGUUAUCAUCCCCAGCUACUUGAUCGUGUUCCUUUCAUGGGUCUCAUUUUGGCUCGACAUUGACGCAGUUCCUGCAAGAAUAUCUCUUGGUCUUCUCACAGUCCUCACCAUGACAACACAGAGUGCAGGAGCACGCAACAACCUACCCAAAGUAUCCUACUUGAAAGCGAUCGACGUAUGGAUGGCGGCCUGUUUACUGUUCGUAUUUUUGGCCCUGGUACAAUUUGCGUACGUCAAUGUUCUGUCGCGUGUUCAAAAGCGGCGUCAACUUAAACCCGUGGCCGGUAAAAUAGCCCUUGGUACGCCAAUGUCUGCCGACGACUCUAUACCUCCCAAUGAGGACAUCGAGGCAAACAACACAACUGAAGACAAGGGUGCCCGAUUGUUCGGCGUGGUACGUCGAGCUCAACUCCAGCCUGUGGUCAGUAAAAUAGCCAUCGGUACACCACUGCCUGUCGACAACUCUUUACCUCACAAUGGGGACGUUGAGGCCAACGGCAAGAUGGAUGACAAGGGUGCCCGAAUAUACGGCAUGGUUCGUCGAGCUCAGAUGAGGUUUGGGCGCCUGGUAUCCGCGGACCGCGAGAAAGCGCGCAACAUUGACCGCAUCUCCAGGACCCUGUUUCCGGUCGCCUUCUUUCUAUUCAACCUUGUAUACUGGUGCGUCUAUAUUUUCUGGGAGCCUGUCACUCCGGCAGAGUGACGGCGCGGGCACGAAGUGUAUCUCAAGCCCUCAGAAGUGUACACAAAAGAGACGUGUCGGGUUUGCUUUUGUUUCACUGAACCCAGAACAGAAACUUGGAGAACAGCAAUGAAAUCACAACGUAGUUGCAGGAUUAAUGAGCACAAGAGUACCAUACAAACUUGAUAACUCCAGCUGUUAACACAUUGCCAACUUUGGAGAAAUCCGCUGAAGCGAAAGUGCCUAUAGAGUUAUAUAGGGAAAAUAUGGUUAAACAGUUCUCACGACUUAGUCUUUCAACAGAUUAACUUACUUCCUACAUAUAUGUUAGGAUAAUUCUUGCCCUUGAAGAUGAUGGUUUUGUAUUAAUUGUAUGAUUUUUUACAUUUUGGUCCUUUUUAAGGGUUUUGUUGGUCAUGAAAAGUUACAUUGAAAUAAGAAGGAGCUUAAAAUUGUUUUGCUAUUUAGUUAUAAUAGACAUCUGAUCGCUUAGCUUCCAACGGAUUACGUUGCAGAAUAUUUUUCUCUUUCAAAUGCACUUUUCGAAAUAAUGAAUUUAUAAAUAUAUUUUGGUCCUUUUUGAACAUUUAUGUAAAAUUUGUAGAAAAUCGAUGCCCCAAAAUUGUGUAUUCAACUGUACGAUAAUGGUUUUAUGGCCCACCCCGCGGCGUAUUCAAAGCAGGAUAGAAUUAAUCCAUCGGCAAGGUUAUGACACUGGGAAUGACAUGUGUAUCGAAGAUUGUCAUUUAUAGCAAUAAAAUUAUUCCAUAACCAUUUCGGAUUUUUUUCCUUUUAUCAUUAUUAUAAAAGUGAAAUUAUAUAUGAUACUCGAUUAUUCAUUUACAUUAGUAGUUAAGAAAUGUCAUAUAUUGUUCUUGUGUAUAAAACAAAGUAAUAUAUUUAGCAAAAGUUAUUCCCAUUUUUAACCUCAACACGAUUACAGACCGUUAAAACGUAACACUUUUCUUAUAAAAUAUUAAUGUUUCAAGUUUCAUUGGCAAUUUUGGAAAUACAUAUGGGCUAUGAAAUAUGUUAAAUAAGGGUAUUCAAAGAUAAUUAUUUACAUAUCU